CAGACACUCGCUGUUGUGCUAGAGAGCCUAGAACAAAGCGGAUUUGGAUUUAUGAAAUCCAAAUGUGGGUUCCUUUCCUGUUCCGUUUGCUACUUUGGUUACCGGACGGGCAAAUAAAGUCCGGAGUCCAGGAACAGUGGUGGACUUCGUUCGUUCUUGGGAAUGUUAUCUCACUAUCGCCGUUUUUGCCAAAUGCAUCUACACCCAUAAUGUCAGUUGGAAUUCCGAUCAAAGUUCUGCAUGAUGCCGAAGGCCAUGUCACAACAGUGGAGACAAGAGAUGGCGAAACGUUCCGCGGAAAACUGAUCGAAGCGGAGGAUAACAUGAACAUACACAUGUCGGAUGUCAUUAUGACAGCACGAGACGGAAGAACCAGCAAUUUGCAGCAGAUUUAUAUCCGUGGAAGCAAAAUAAGGUUUUUAAUCCUUCCUGACAUGCUGAAAAAUUCGCCUAUGCUGAAGAGGCCACUAAGUGCCAAAGGUUUGGGUACAGGUCGGGGUAAAAACGCAAUGAUCAGAGCUGGAGUUCGCGGGCGUGCCCGUGUCAUUGGACGUGGGCGUGUCGGAACCAGCACAACAGCACCAGUUGCCGCAGCUGUCCCAGCCGCCGGACGAGGGCUUGGGCGGUUCUAACUGUUUCAGACAGUUUCAAAUGUACCUAAAUUCUUCACAUACAUAUGUAUGGCAUAAAACAACCCAAUAAAAGUUCGUUGUCACUUU